UUGAGUUAAAACGCUGAACAUUCCCGGCCCCAAAGGAACUAUAGUGUACGCAAGGACCUUGGCAAGAAAAAAAAGCGACGGAACACCACGGACAUGAUCCAAAUCUGCCGGACCUUUGAAUCGCGGAUAGCGUUCUCUUGAGCGCGCGACAUGCUUCGGCAACAUUGUUGCAGGAUGAUUUUGUUUUCAGAUUGCUUCUCUGUAACUACAUUCGUAACGCAUUGGAUAAAGUCCUAUUUCUGAGUGCGGUAAACCACGUUUAUAUGGUGAUCUGUGAUCGAUUACUACGAGAUUGAUGCCUAUACGUAGACUCUAAUUAAGAAAUUAACCCAAGAAACAAUCCUUUCUCCGAAAUUCAUGCAUGCAUUCCUAAUUGUGUUUAAUGUGUCUGAAAUUAAGGUAGGGGUCAACUGCUGUAAUCUCUAUAAAUUGCAAUGUAUCCAAAAUGAAUUGUUUUGUAGUCAUAUAGGUUACAUUAGCCCAGUGCUUGUUUUUGCCAUGCAUGCGCACGUUUACAUUCAAGUUGAACUUUAAUUGGGCAUUUCCCAUAGACCGAUUACAUUUAGUGGACUCGAAAAUGUCUACCCGUUUACAGAGCUUGAUGUAUUUGCGUGAAGAGCAGAAGUGAAGAUCGGAAGGCGCAAAAUUUGAAACUUCGGUACAUAGCCUAAGUCAAUGGGUGGGCUGCGGUCGCCAAGGCACGGCGAACAAACCCCGCGAUUGUAGGUUUCAGGAAACAUAUGUACAGGAAAUUGACAGCUUUUCUCUGACGUAUUUCUUUAAGAAUGAACUUAUUUUAUGACGAUCUAGAAAAAGGGAUCACUGAUUACAAGGUAACGGCGUGCAAGUCGGCGCUGUAAGAGGCUACUGUACAAUAUUUCACGGGCGACAUGGAGGAAUGGAGACAGUGCGGACGGUGGCUGAUCGACUGCAAAGUCUUGCCCCCGAACCACCGGGUCGUGUGGCCGUCUGCGAUCGUGUUCGACCUGGCACAAGUGCUCAGAGACGGAGUGCUUUUGUGUCAGAUGCUGCACAACCUGUCGCCAGGAUCCAUAGACCUGAAGGAAAUCAACUUCAGACCGCAGAUGUCGCAGUUUCUGUGUCUGAAAAACAUCCGGACGUUUCUAAAGGUCUGUCAUGACAAGCUGGGCCUACGGAACAGUGAGCUGUUUGACCCUUUUGACCUGUUUGACGUACGGGAUUUUGGGAAGAUCAUCUCUUCCUUGUCCAGAAUCUCUCAUCAUAACAUUGCCCAGAUCAAAGGCAUCAGGCCCUUCCCCUCGGAGGACACAGUGGUGGCUGAGGAUGAUGUCUACCGGAGCCUGGAGGAACUCGCUGAAGAGCACGAUGUCGGGGAGGAUGACAUCUACGACUGCGUGCAGUGUGAGGAAGAGGGCAUCUACGAGGACAUCAUCAGCAUCGAGGUCCGACAACCCAUGAAGAUGGGCAUGACCGAGGAUGAUAAGAGGAACUGCUGCAUGCUGGAGAUCCAGGAGACAGAGGCCAGGUACUACAAGACCCUGGAGGAAAUUGAGAAGAGUUACAUGACUCCACUGAAGCAGGUCCUGAGUCCACAGGAUAUGGAAGCCAUUUUUGUUAAUCUCGAGGAGGUGAUCAAGGUGCACUUGGCUUUGCUGAAGGCCAUUGAUGUGAACAUGAUGUGUGGGGGCAAUGGCCUGGGCAGGAUCUUCCUGGACUUCAAGGAGCACCUGCUCAUCUACGGUCAGUACUGCAGUCACAUGGAAGGGGCCCAGAAGACCCUGUACACUCUCAUCAGCUCACGGGAAGACAUCAGGAUGAAGGUGGAGGAAUGCACAAUGAAGGUGCAGGAGGGGAAGUUUAAACUGCAGGACCUGCUGGUUGUGCCCAUGCAGAGGGUUCUGAAGUACCAUCUCCUGUUGAAGGAGCUGCUGAGUCACUCUGCUGACAGGCCGGAGCAGCAGCAGCUGAAGGAGGCCUUGGAGGCCAUGCAGGACUUGGCCAUGUAUAUAAACGAGGUGAAAAGGGACAAUGAAAUCUUGAAGAAAAUCAACGAAUUUCAGAACUCAAUUGAAAACUUGACUCUGCAGAACGUGAAGCUGGAGGAGUAUGGAAGACCCAAGAUGGACGGUGAGCUGAAGAUCUGCUCGAUCCUCAACCGCACCAAGCAGGACAGGUACAUAUUCCUAUUUGAUAUGGCAGUGAUCGUCUGCAAGCGGAAAGGCUACAACUAUGAGCUGAAGGAGAUUAUUGAGCUCCAGGCCUAUAAGAUGACAGAUGACCCCAUGAGCAACAGAGACAUGAAGAAGUCUAGUGGAAAAAUGUGGUCCUAUAGUUUUUACCUGAUCCAGCUGCAGGGGAAGCAGGGGUUCCAGUUCUUCUCCAAGACGGAGGAGAUGAAGAGGAAGUGGAUGGAACAGUUUGAAAUGGCCAUGUCAAAUGUAAAGCCCAAUAGAGCCACUGCCAACCAGCACAGCUUCCAGAUGCACACGUUCGAGAAGAACACAAGCUGCAGGGCCUGCAGGAUGCUGCUGAGAGGCAUCUUCUAUCAGGGGUACUACUGCCCCAAGUGUGGGACCAGCGCCCACAAGGAGUGCCUGGAGGUCGUGUCCAUCUGCAAAAUAAGUCCCCAUGAUUCCGAGUGCGGACCAAAAACAUCGGGUCCAAAGAUGGUGGCGCUCCAGAACUAUCACGGCAGCCCCGCCCCUCCAGCGACGCCAGCGCUCACCUUCCACACCGGUGACAUCAUCGAGCUGCUGAAGGGGGACCCUGACACCAUGUGGUGGGAGGGGAAGCUGUUCCAGUGCCAGAAGACUGGCUUCUUCCCCAGCUCCUGCGUCAAGCCCUGUUUGGACCCAAAGCCCUCACCCAGUCGUCAGUCAUCCAGGGAGAUGGACUACCAUGCAUAUCUAUGGUUUGGGGGGAACAUGGACCGGCAGCAGGCUGAUAACCUGCUCAAGUCCCACUGCAGCGGGACGUACCUGAUCCGGGAGAGGACCGCAGAGGCGGAGAGAUUCGCCAUCAGCAUCAAGUUUAAUGACGAGGUGAAGCACAUCAAAGUGGUAGAGAAGGACAACUGGAUCCACAUCACCGAGGCCAAGAAGUUUGAGAGCCUUUUGGAGCUGGUUGAGUACUACCAGACCCACUCUUUAAAGGAGAGCUUCAAGCUGCUGGACACCACGUUACGGCACCCCUACAAAUCCCAGGAGCAGUCGAACUCCCGCUCCAAUACGCGCUCUCCCGCCUCCAGCACCGCCUACAGCUUCUCCUUCCUCACUCCGCAGGGCUACUCCUCACAAGGCUCCAGCCCUUUCUGGUCAGUGUUCGCCCCGCGGGCGGUCGGCACGGCGAUCGCCAGGUACAAUUUUGCGGCGCGCGACCUGCGGGAGCUGUCCCUCAGAGAGGGCGACGUUGUCAAGAUCUACAGCAAGAUUGGCGGCGACCAGGGCUGGUGGAAGGGCGAGGCCAAUGGCAGGGUCGGCUGGUUCCCCUCGACAUAUGUGGACGAAGAAGGAGUGCAGUGAUUGGUGGGAAAGAAAUUGCGCGCUCCCACCAUCAGAAGACCAUCCUUUCACUGCCCUUCGAGAGGACUGCUUGGUUUCUAUGGAAACUCUUUGUAGAAUAUUUUUUAUGAAACUUUGCUUCAGCCAAUAUCAGACUGAAAAGAUGAAUGUUUUCUUUGGUGGUGAAUAUGAAUUUGCUUCCUCUCUUUCUUUUUUGUUUGUCUUCAAAGGUGUUUUAAAUGAGCACAUAACUGUGCACUUCAGACUGUAAUCCCCGUUUGGGAGUGAAGGAAGGAUGAGUCAGCUUUCAUUCUGGCUAAUUGACGCGGCAUGGGGCAGUUGAUAAAAUGUAGAGCUUAUUUAUUUUUGAAAUGGACCAAGAAUCGAAAAUACCAUUGCAAUUAGCAUGGAAUGAAAAUUUUUUUUUGCAUUGUAUGCCGAGAAGGCUGGGUUUUGAUUCGCAUACACAAAACGCAUACACAUGUGACACACAAACAGAUACACAUAUGUGGAUAUUCUCUCACACACACACAGACAUGGUGCCUUGGACGUGUUGUCCACGAUCCCACAUUUGCACAUUUAGUUAUGCGACUAUUUGUGAGAGGUUCUGCAGAACCAUGGGGAGCAGCAGGGAAAAGCCAUCAGCCCUGCAUCUGUCUGUGUGUGUGUGCGUGCAGCAGGGGUGCCACCUGGGACCUUGGGGCCCCACCACACCAGAACAUUUUCUAAUAUUUUUUGAGAGCCCCCGUCACUCAGGGCACUUGGAAUCACCCCCCCCCCCCCCCCCAUAUGGUACCCCUGAAUUCUACAGCUGAGGGACAGUAUCUUCACUUUGCUUUUCAGCCUGGGGGAGCAGGUCUUAGAUUGCUUUUCAGCCUGGGUGAGCAGGUCUUGCCAGUCAUGACCAAAAUUACAUUCAACCACAUAGCUGUGGGGGGGCGGGGGGGUGACUUGUUGAGGAUCUACGACUACCUUAGCUACUGUUAACACCAUGGCACUAACCCAGUUAUCAUUAGCACAGCCCAACAUGAACACCAAUAACACAGCACCGUAAGUACAACUUUGUGAAUGCUGCUGCUGUUAACGUAGUGCCGUCAGCACAGCUCUCAUUAACACAGCCUGGCUGAGCCUCGCUAACACAGGUGCCGGGAACGCCGUUCGUUUCCUGCAGAAUUCACAACAACCACACGGAUCUUCAGGAAUGUCUCAGAACAUGCACUCUGCUCAUGCCACUGGAAAGCGCCAUUUCCCUCUGGUGUAUACAUGCAGACAUACCUCCACAUCGUCAUUCCUUACUAUUCCCACAACAUAAC